AUGAAUAGUCAAAUACAAGAACCCGACAGCAAUGAUUACGUAGCUUUUUGGCAUGAUGCUAACAAGAGAGAUAAUUAUCUAAAAGAGAAUUUUAAAAAAUUACCUGAGGAAUACCAACAAUUAGUAAGAAAUAUUGGUAACAGAGGCCUAGGACCAUCAUAUAAUGGUUUUCAACUUCUUUCAUUAGCUGUCUGGCUAAGAAAAGAAGAACAAUAUACGGCAAUUGAUUAUUGGCAAGGAACGAAUAACCUUUAUUCUUAUUACAAAUAUAAUGCUCUAAAUGAAUUGAUCAAGAAAAGAAAUCAAUUACAAACUGAAUUCUCUCAUACGCCAAUUAUUAAGACUAAUGACUUUCAUUAUGUCAAACUAAUUAUUAGCAAUAUUUCAAAAGGAGAUUUAUAUUUGUGUGACUACAGAAGCCCUUAUUUAAGUACGAUAAAACCAACUAUCAAUAAGGGUACUUCUGCAACAUAUAUUUGCAAAUCUGAAGCAUUUCAUCGUUUAAGUGCUCCAAUGAAAUUCUUGAGUUCUAGAGAUCUAUAUGCCAGUUCAUGGUCUGCAAAUGCCUUCUGUAUAUCCAUUAAUAACGAUGAUAAAUCUAGAUUAUUAGUAUACGAAUGUGAAAAAAAUGAUUCUUUAGAUGAUGUGAUGAAUAGAGAUGUGGGUAAAGAAAUAUUGAAUUUAACAAAUGGUACUACUUAUAAGGGUUUAUUUAAUAGUUGGAUUUAUGCUAGUGUUACAGCUGAUAGUGGAAGGAAUGUAGAAAUUAACAUAGAAAUAGGAGGCAAUCCAUUUUCAUUCUAA